AUGAUUGUCUUUUCGAAUUUAUUUUAUUUAAUAUAUUUAUUUAUAAAUAAAACAAAUGGAUUUCCACGUACAACAAAUGAUAUGAAUAAAGAAUGUCUUGUAAAACUUGAAACAGAUUAUGGUUAUGAAAUAUGUUUUAAUCAUGAUUGUAGUCGUUAUAAAAAUCCUUGGAGAAUUCUUGAAAGUUAUUUAGAUGAUAAACCAUGUUAUUUACAUUAUCUUAAAUUAGCUUUUUCAAAUUAUGAUCAAUUUAUUGUUUUUAUUGAAUUACAAACAUCAAAUAAUAAUACACUUGAAACAUUUUAUGUUGAUCAUGAUGGAAAACGUUGUUAUAUUGAAGUUAG